CCAAGACCAAGAUCUAUCAUUUCACUCUCAGCCACCCUUUAUAAACACUCGUAAAACCCCCUCACCAAACUCUCUUACCCCUCUCUCUCUUCCUCUCUCUCUGCGUAAUUUCGUCGAAAACGAACAGUGCAAUACAGAGAGAAGGAGAGGGAGGAAGAUUGAAUCGAAUCCCGGUCGAAUUUGAUUCAAAUCAGAUCUUACAAGGAUGCAGCAAGCCAACGGCGGUGAUCAAAACCCACCACCUCCAUCCCAGCACCAGCAUCCGUGGGUUCCUUAUCAGCAGCAUCAGCAGCAGCAAUGGAUGGCGGCUAUGACGUACCCGGCAGCGGCCAUGUCUAUGAUGCAGCAGCAGAUGAUGAUGUACCCGCAGCAUUACAUGGCCUACUAUCAGCAGCAGCAGCAACAGCAAUAUCACCAAAAACAGCGACAUCAAAGCUUUCAAAAACAAGAAGAACCGAAAUCUGACGAAGAUGUUAGAACUAUCUGGGUCGGUGACCUGCAACACUGGAUGGAUGAAACUUACCUCCAUAGCUGCUUCGCAGUCACCGGAGAGGUUUCUUCUGUAAAAAUCAUACGCAAUAAGCAAACUGGUCAACCAGAAGGGUAUGGAUUUGUUGAAUUUUAUUCUCGGGCAGCUGCUGAGAAAAUUUUGCAGAGCUACAAUGGCUCUAUGAUGAUGCCAAAUACAGAGCAUCCCUUCCGCCUGAAUUGGGCAAGUUUUAGUGCCGGUGAUAAGGGUGAUAAGCGCACAAAUGCUGCUCCUGAUCUUUCCAUAUUUGUAGGAGAUUUGGCACCAGAUGUGACUGAUGCUAUGUUGCAGGAAACCUUUGCUAGCAGAUUUUCAUCCAUCAAAGGUGCAAAAGUUGUUGUUGAUUCGAAUACUGGCCGUUCAAAGGGUUAUGGCUUUGUUAGGUUUGGUGAUGAAAAUGAGAAGACUAGGGCCAUGUCUGAGAUGAAUGGUGUUUAUUGUUCGAGUAGACCCAUGCGCAUAGGUGUUGCAACCCCAAAAAAAUCAUCUGGAUAUCAACAACAAUAUUCUUCACAAGCUGUGAUUUUGGCUGGUGGACAUGCUGCAAACGGUUCUAUGGGUCAAGGAUCCCAAUCUGAUGGCGAGUUGAAUAACACAACGAUUUUUGUUGGAGGAGUUGACUCUAAUGUCAUGGAGGAGGAUCUUAGGCAGCCUUUUUUGCAGUUUGGUGAAGUUGUCUCUGUGAAAAUACCGGUUGGAAAGGGAUGUGGAUUUGUGCAAUUUGCUACCAGAAAAAGUGCUGAGGAUGCACUGCAGAAUUUGAAUGGUACAGUUAUUGGCAACCAGACCGUUCGUCUUUCUUGGGGUCGCAAUCCAGGUAACAAGCAGUGGAGAGGAGAUUCUACUAACCAGUGGAGCGGGGCAUACCAUGGAGGGCAAGGCUACGGUGGCUAUGGAUACGCUGCUUCCUCAAAUCAGGUUCCAAAUAUGUAUGCUACUGCCGCAGCUUCUGGUGUUUCGUAGCCAGGGUAGGGCAAUUCGCUACUGCUUGUACUUUGAACUCGCUGAAGGCAUCUAAGCUAGACAUUGUCUUGAUCCAAACUUAGGAUGGACUUAGCUGCUUAGGUGGCUAUGUCUAUUGCUUGCAGAAUUUUAAAUUCAAACAUCUCAAGAGUUCUUUUGAGGAUUGUAUCGGUAUUUUUUUUUUCUCUAGAAUUUUGGAGUUUUCUUAAUUAGUGGUAGAUUUUAUUUAC